CGCAACCAUGUCGUUUAUAAGCAAGUAUCGGUGGAGUGUCGACGAUUCGGCCGUGUUACGCGUGGGUGUGCCAGCUACACGAUCUAAUACAAUCGCACGUGUAGUUACCAGUCCUGCGGUGAACACUGGAGAUGCGGGCCGCACCUGGUCGUCGUUCAACUCACAAACGAACUCCCCUACCAUACUCCCUGGGCGCAAGGCAUUUGCUGCGAGCUUUAUAGAUUCGGACGAAGACAUCUUUUCGGCUAUUGCAGCCGGAGACUUAAAUGCGGUACACAUUUCCAUGCAAAGCGGGACCGACCCGAACGUUAUCGAUGCUUUCCAAGAACCCGCUCUACACUAUGUGAUCAGGCGGCAGAACCGGAGGAUAUUCAGUUUAUUCAUCACCUUAGGGGUUAACGUGAAUGCUAGUGAUCUGUUCGGGCGUACGGCGCUUCAUGUGGCAGUGGGAGGGGAAGACUCGCUAUUUGUCGACUACCUGUUGCGCGCUGGAGCGAACCCAGCAAAACAAGAUCAGGUUGGUGUGGUGAGUGUCUUAUCUGAAAUGUCUGCUCGUUUGUCUACGGCGGUUUAA